AUGGAGGGGGAGUUGGGGAGAGUUGGGAGGUUGAUGGAGAAAAGGAUGAAAGAGGCGGGGGAGAGGGAGGAGAAGUUGACUGGGGAGAGGGAGGCGUGGAGGGGGAAGGCGGAAGGGUUGGAGCUGGAAAGGAAGCGUUUGGAAGGGGAAUUGAGGGGGGCUGUUAAAGAGAGGGAUGUGUUAAGGCGAGGGGUGGAAGGGGCAUUGGGGAUUUCACGGAGGGUAGAGGUGGAGGGUGAAGGGGGAGGUGAAGGAGGGAAGGGGAGUGGGGAUCAGGGGAUUGGAGGGAUGAAGGUGGAGGGUGUGGUGGGGGUGUUGGAGAGGAGAGUGGGGGUUUUGGUGAUGGAGAUCGAGAGGGAGAGGGGGGAGAGGAGGAGAGAGAUGGAGGAAGGGAAGGAGAGGGAGGGGCGGCUGAAGAGCCUGUUGCAGGAGGCGAGAAUGAACUGGGAACGGCUGGAGGGAGAGUUGAAGAGUGAGAAGCAGGAGAGGCAGAGGGAGAGGGAGGAAGGGGAGAGGAUGGAAGAGGGAUUGAAGGGAGAAUUGCAGUUCGAGAAGCAGAAGAGGCAGAGAGAGAGGGAGGAAGGCGAGAGAAGGGAAGAGGGGUUGAAGGGAGAAUUGCAGUUUGAGAAACAGGAGAGGCAGAGGGAGAGGGAGGAAGGGGAGAGGAGGGAGGAGGGAUUGAAGGGAGAAUUGCAGUUUGAAAAGCAGGAGAGGCAGAGAGAGAGGGAGGAAGGAGAGAGGAGGGAAGAGGGAUUGAAGGGAGAAUUGCAGUUUGAGAAACAGGAGAGGCAGAGAGAGAGGGAGGAAGGCGAGAGGAGGGAAGAGGGAUUGAAGGGAGAAUUGCAGUUUGAGAAACAGGAGAGGCAGAGAGAGAGGGUGGAAGGUGAGAGGAGGGAAGAGGGAUUGAAGGAAGAAUUGCAAUUUGAGAAACAGGAGAGGCAGAGAGAGAGGGAGGAAGGUGAGAGAAGGGAAGAGCGAUUGAAGGGAGAACUGCAGUUUGAGAAACAGGAGAGGCAGAGAGAGAGGGAGGAAGGCGAGAGGAGGGAAGAGGGAUUGAAGGGAGAAUUGCAGUUUGAGAAACAGGAGAGGCAGAGAGAGAGGGAGGAAGGCGAGAGGAGGGAAGAGGGAUUGAAGGGAGAAUUGCAGUUUGAGAAACAGGAGAGGCAGAGAGAGAGGGUGGAAGGUGAGAGGAGGGAAGAGGGAUUGAAGGGAGAACUGCAGUUUGAGAAACAGGAGAGGCAGAGAGAGAGGGAGGAAAGUGAGAGAAGGGAAGAGGGAUUGAAGGGAGAACUGCAGUUUGAGAAACAGGUCAGGCAGAGGGAGAGGGAGGAAGGCGAGAGGAGAGAAGAGGGAUUGAAGGGAGAAUUGCAAUUUGAGAAGCAGGAGAGGCAGAGGGAGAGGGAGGAAGGCGAGAGGAGGGAGGAGCAGUUGAAAGAGCAACUGGAGUUUGAGAGGAGGGCGCGGAACAGGGAGAGGAAGGAUGGUGAGGAGGGGGAGGGGAGGCUGAGAGGAGAGCUGCGGGAAGCAAGGGAGGAUGUUGAGAGGCUUGAAGAGGAGCUGAAGUGGGAGAAGGAAGGGAGAGCGAGGGAGGGCAGGGAGGGCGCUGCUCGGGAGGAGGUGUUGAACUGUCAGCUGGAGGAAGCUAGGGCAGUUGGUUUGCAAGUUCAGGGGGAGUUGGAGAGGGAAAGAGAGGAGAGGAGGAGGGAGAGGGACGAGGGUGAAGGGAGGGAGGAAGUGCUGAGGCAGCAGGUACAGCAGUCUUUGGCUGUGCGGGAGGGUUUGGAUUUGGAGUUGAGGCAAGAGAGGGAGGAGAGGAGGAGAGAGAAGGAGGAGGCUGAGGGGAGAGAAGAUGGUUUGAAGGAGGAGGUAAGGAAGCUUGUGGCUGCGCGGGAGUGGCUUGAGGAGGAGUUAGGGAGGGAGGAGGAGGAGCGGAGGAGGGAGAGGGAAGAAGCGGAGGGAAGGGAGGAAGAGCUUAAGAAGCUUCUGAGUGAUUUGGAAGAGAGAUGUGAGGAGCUGGAAGGGGUGUUAGCAAGGGAGAAGGAGGAGAGGGAGCAGGAGAGGAAGGAAGGGGUCCAGAGGGAGGAGGCAUGGGAGAAUGAGAUGAAGAGAGAGAUAGAGGAAGGGAGAAGGAGAGAAGAAGAGUUGAGGCUGGAGAGGGAGGAGAGAGCGAGGGAGAAGGCGGAGGGGGCAGCUAGGGAGGAGGAUUUGAUGGGAGAGCUGCGGAGAGAGGCAGAGGAGAGGGAGAGGGAGAAGCGUGAAGGGGCAGAGCGAGUGAGGAGAUUGGAGGAGGCAUUAACUGCUGCGCGGGAGGAGAGGGUUGUACAGGAGAGAGCAGCUCAGGCUGAGAUGGAAGAGCAGGCGAAAGAGAGGGCGAGGGAGAGGAAGGAGGGCGAAGGGAGCGAGAAGAGGCUGCAGGAGGAGUUAGAGGCUGUUAGAUCGGAGUGUGUUUCUCUGGGUGAAAGGCUUGAGGGUGAAAGGACGGAGAGGGAGAGAGAGAGGCUGGAGGGCGGGGAGAGAGAGAGGGGGUUGAGGGAGGAGCUGGAAGCUGCACUGGGAAGGGGAGAUUGGCUAGAGGAGAGGCUUGGAGAGGAGAAGGUGGAAAGGGAGAGGGAAAGGAAGGAUGGCGAGGAGAGAGAGAGGAGGUUGAAGGAGGAAGUGAGAGUUGUUAGAGAGGAGGGGAGUCGAGUGGUGGAAGAGCUUAGGGUGGUGCGGGAAGAGAGGGAGAAGGAGAGAAGGGAGGGGGAAGAGAGGGAGGAGGGGAUGAAGGAGAGGUUGCAGGGUGAAGUGGAGAAGGUGGGGAGGUUGGAGAGGGAAUUGGGAGAGGAGAGGGAAGGGAGGAUGAGAGAGGGAAGAGAGGGGAAGGAGCGAGAGAUGGGGCUUGAGAGUAAGUUGAAGGGGGAGAGGGAGGAGAGGGUGCGAGAACGCGAAGAAAGUGAAAGGAGGGAGCAGGGCCUGAAGGGGGUGCUGCAGUUUGAGAAGCGGGAGAGGCAGAGGGAGAGGGAAGAAGGGGAGAAGAGGGAAGAGGGAUUGAAGAAAGAGUUGCAGCUGGAGAAACAGGAGAGGCAGAGGGAAAGGUGUGAUUUCGAGAGGAUGGAAGAGGGUUUGAAGGGUGAGUUGAGAAAUGAGAGGGAGGAAGGGGAGAGGAAGAGGUUGGAGUGGGAGGAGAGGCAGCAGGUAUUGAAGGUAGAGCUAAGGGAAGCUCAAAGCAAUGGGGAACAGCUUGAGGGAGAGUUGAAGCGGGAGAGGGAGGAGAGGGCGAAGGAGGGGAGGGAGGCUGAGGAAAAGAUCAGUGGGUUGGUCAGGGAAGUGGAGGUGGAACGGGAAAGGAGGGCGGCUGAGAGGGAGGAGUACGAAGGAAGGGUGAAGGAGGUGGAAGGGAAGGUCGUGGAACUGGAAGGGGUAGUGGUGCGAGUGGAAGGGGAGUUGAAGAUGGAAAAGGAGGGGCGGGAGAAGGAGAGAAGCGAGGGGGAGGAGAGAGAGGAGAGAGUGAGGCGGGAAUUGAGUGUGGAACGGGAGGGGAGGAGGAGGGAGAAGGAGGAGGGGGAGGUGAGGGAGAAGGCGUUGGAGGGGGUGUUGAAGGGAGUGAGGGAGGCGUGUGUGAGGAUAGAGGGGGAAUUGGUGGAGGAGAGGGAGGCGAGGGAAAGGGAGAGGAUGGAAGGGAGGGAGAGAGAGGAGGAGUUGAGGGGGCAGAUGGAGAAGGAAAGGGGAGAGAUGGAGUAUGAGAGAAGUGAAGCGAGGAUGAGGGAGGAUGGGUUGAGGGAGAGGGUGAGGGAGGGAGAGGAAAGGAUUGAGAUGAUCCGGGGAGAGUUGGAGAGAGAGGAGGAGGAGAGGAAGAGGGAGAGGGAGGAGGGGGAGGAGAGGGUGAAGGGGGAGAAGGAGAGGCGUGAGUGGGAGGAGAGGGAGAGGAGGGCAUGUGAGGAGGUAAGGUGUGUGAUGAAGGAGAGGGAGAGGGAGCGUGCGGAGGCAGAGAGGAGGUUGGGGGAGUUGACGGUGGUGUUGAAUGGGAGAGAGGAGACUGUGAGGAGGUUGGAAGGGGAGGUGAAGGUGGAGAGGGAAGAGAGGGGGAGGGAGAGGGAGGAGGGUGCUGAAAGGGAAAGGAAGUUGAGAAGCGAAGUGCAAGGUGCAGAGGAGAGGUGUUGUGAGUUGGAGGGGCUAUUGAGAACGGAGAAAGAGGAGAGGGAUAGGGAGAGGAAUGAAGGGAAGGAGAGGGAGGAGGGGAUGAGAAUGGAGGUGGAGAGAGAGAAGGGAGAGAGGAUGCGAGAGGUGCGUGAGGGGGAGGAGAGGGAGGGGGCUUUGAGGGAAGAGUUGAGGGAAGCGAGAGAGGUGAGUAAUCAGUUGCAAAGGGAGAUAGAGAUACAAAGGGAGGAGAGGGAGAGGGAAAGGAAGGAGGCGGAGGAGAGGAAGGAGAGCUUGAUUGGAGAAAUUCAGGCAGCAGAAGAAGAGGUUGGGAGGUUAGAGAGGGAGAAGGAGAGGGAGAGGGAAGAGAGGGAGGUGGAGGGAGAGGAGAGGGAAAAGGAGAGGAUGGAGUGGGAGGGGCGGAUACAGGCCCUGGAAGAGGAGUUGAGAGAGGUGCAAGGCGAUUGUAUGCGGUUGGAAGGGGAGGUGGAGAGGGAGAGAGGGGAGAGGGAAAGGAUGCGGUGUGAGAGUGAGGAGAAUGAGAAGAAGACACGGGAAGAGCUGGUUGGGGAAAGGGAGAGGAGGGAAGAGGAGAGGAGGAGGGGAGAGGAGAGGGAGGAGGGAGUGAGGAGAGAAAUGGAACAGUGGAAGGAGGCGUGUGAGGAGCUGGAGGUGAGACUGACGGAAGAGAAGGAAGCAAGGGAAAAGGAGAGGGGGGAUAUGGAGAAGGAGAGGAGGGAGAGAGAGGAAAGGCGAAAGGAAUUGGAGGGGGAGUUGAGGGAAGCGAGAGAGAGGAUGGGGGUGCUUGAGAGGGAAGUGAGGAUGGAAAGAGAGAUGAGGGAGAGAGAAGGGAAGGGGAAAGAGGAGAGAGAGGAGAUGCUGAUGGAAGAUGUGAGGAGAGAGAGGGAGGAGAGGGCAAAGGAGAUGGAGGAGAAAGUAAGGGAGAGGGAGGAGAGAAUGAAGGAGAGAGAGGAGUGGAAGAGGAGAGAGCGCGAGCUUGAGGGCGAGUUGAAGAAGGCGAGUGAAGAGAUUGAGAAGGAGGGGACGGAGUUGGAGGAAAGGGAAGGGAAGCUGAAGGAGGAAUUGAGGUUGGAGAAGGAGGAGAGAGAGAAGGAGAAGAGGGAGAUGAAGGAGAGAGAAGAGAUGAUGAAUGCGGGGUUGCUGGAAGCACGGGAGAGAGGUGUGAAGCUCGAGGCUGAGUUGAAGGUGGAGAAGGAGGAGAGGGAGAAGGAGAGGGUGGCAGGAGAGGAAAGGGAGAGGAAGUUACGAGAGAAGGCAGAGGGAGAACGUGAAAAGGAACGGAAAGAACGUGUGAGGGAGGAACGGGAGAGGGAGGAGAGGGAGGCAGGACUGAAGGAGCGAAUUCGCGUCGCAGAGGAAAGGGUUGUGAGGAUGGAGGAGGAGGUGAGGAAGGAGAGGGAGAGCGAGAAGAGAAAGGCAGAGGAGGAAAGACAGGAAUGGGAGAGGGAGAAGAGACGGGUAGAGGAGGAAAGAGAGGAGGUGGAAAAGAGGCGUGGGGAGAGGGUAUUGGAGCUUGAAGGAGAAGUGGAAAAGCUGAGAGCGCUGGUACUGCUGGGAGAGGAAGAGGAGGCGAGGAGGGGGAGGGAAAGAGAAUUGGAGGCAGAUGAAAUGAGAGAAAGGGAGAGGGUGAAGGAGGAGGAGUGGAGGAAGGAGGUUGUGAGGAUGGAGGAGAGAGAGAAGGAAAGGCAGGCGGAGAGGGGUGAAUAUGAGAGAAAAUUGAGGCAGUGGGAAGGAGAGAGGGAGAGAGAAAGGGAUGCAGAAGAGGAGAGGGAAAGGGAGAGGAAUGCAUUUGAGAGGAAGGAAGGUGAGUGGGAGAGGGAGAGGGAGGAGGAGAGAAAGAGGGAGGAGGAGAGGGAGAAGGAGAGAGCUGCAGAGAAGGAAAGGCGGAAGCAGAGGGAGGAAGAGAGGCAAGAGGAGAUGAGGAGGGAGGAAGAGAGGCAGAGGGAAGUAGAGGCAAUGGCAUUGAGUGAAGCAGAGUGGGAGGCGGAGAGGGAAGAUGAACGGCAGAGGGAAGAGGAGAUGAGGAAGGAAAAAGAGAUGUUAGAAAAGAAAGAGAGAAUGUGGGAGAAAGUGCUGAUGCGGAUGAAGGAGCGAGAGGAGGAGAGGAAACGGCAGGAAGCUGAGUUUGGGGAGAAGGAGAAGCAGUGGGAGGUGGAAAGGGAGGAAGAGCGGAGGCGAGAAGAGGAGAGAGAGACGGAAAGGAACGCUUUCAGAGAGAAGGAGCGGCAGUGGGAGUUGGAGCGGGAAGAGGAGAGACGGCGGGAAGAGGAAAGGGAGAGGGAGAGGGAAGAGGAGAAGGAGAAGCAAGAGCAAAGGGGGGCAGAUAGGGAGGUGGAGAAGAGUAGAGCAGAGGAGAGGCAGAGGGAAAGAGAGGCGUACGAGGAGAGAGAGAGGGAGUGGGAGGAGGAGAGGAGUGAGGAGAAGAGGGAAGAGGAGAGGAAGAGGAGGAGUGAGGAAAAGAAGGCACGUGGAGAAGACGGUGAGGAGGGAGAGGAAGGAGAUGAAGGAGGGGAUGGAGGGGACGGAGAGUGGGACAUAGAACGGGAUAUGGAGAGAGAAAGAGAGGAAUGGCGGCAGCUGUGGCGGAAGAAUGGACAGAAGGGCCAGGGCGAGGAGGGUAGAGGGGAAGGGAGUGAGGAGGAUGAGGAUACGUGGAGCGACGAGGAGGAAGGGGGGAAUGGGGAGAGGAAGGCACGGGCAGGGGAGGUGGGCGGAAAGGGAGAAGGGGAGGAGAAGAGUGGAGGAGCGGAAGAGGGGGAGGAGCGGGGAGGUGUCGAGGGAGUGAAUGGGGGAGCAAGUGGGGAAGCAGCAGUGGUGGGGGCGGGUGAGGGAGAGGAGGGGGUGCUGAGAAUGCUGGCUAUGCAGUGGGGUGAGGCCGAAAUGGAAGAGGCUCGGGCGCACAGGGACGGGUGGGAGGAGUGGGACUGGCGGCGAGAGCUCGAACGCACAGAAGAGAAGCUUAUUGACGUGCAUGGGGCACUGCUAGAAGCGAGGGAAGAGCUGGGAGUGCUGAGGUCUGCUCGGGAUAAUACCGUGCGAGCGGUGGUGGCGGAAAUGGAGGAGAUACGGAGGUGUUUGAGAGUGGUGGAGAGGGAUCGGCAGAGAGCGGCGGGCGCGGUGGAGGCGGUGAGGGAAGCUGUGGUGAAGGUGACGAUUGAGAGGGAGGCGUUCCGAGUGGCUCUGGAGCACUCGAACAGCGAGUGCCGCAAGCUGGUGGCUGCUAUGCGCAACAAUGACAAGUCAAGGAUACUGCAGUCUCUGCAAGCGGAUCUGGCUUCGUCUCAGACGCGAGAGCUGCUGGACAGCCGCAGCAACGAGGUGAUGCGGUUGAGAGCGGUGCUGGAGGCAGCAGAAAGAGCAGCGAGAGCAGAGAGGGGUGUUCAAGGGGGAAAAGAAGGUCUGCAGGGCACAAGGGUUGCGCGGGAGACGAGGGGUGUGGGGGACACGAGAAGUCCUGCUUCUGCUCCAGUUGCUGCCAAUGGUGCAAGUGUCAGUGGUGCUGCUGUCACCAGUGCUGCUCUGGCACGUAGAUCCAUGGUGACACCAUCAACUGCUUCUUCUGCUGCUGCUGCUGCUGCUACUGCUGCUGCUGCUGCUGCUGCUACCCUCUGCCGAUUCUCCUGCUCACUCUGCUCCUACCUGCUCAGCUGCUUCUGUGCCUGGUGCAUAUGUUCGUCCAAUUAA